CCGGAGCUGGGGGAGGAGGACCCGGCCUCGCUCGGGAGGCCCUUUAGGGUCGCUCCCCAGCACACCGCCCACCCUCCGUCGGCCACAGGGAGGCUCGGUUGUGGCAUUUGCCCCGCUGCUCCCAAAGGGGGGCCUCUGACCCCGGGGACGCCCCGCCCUGGCCCGGCCCAGCACCUACAGUCAGGGAGGGGGCGGCAAAUUUUUAACUAGACACACUGAUCAUUAACAGGGUAGGACGGGGGCCAAACUCAGCCUCACUCGGGGCAGAGACCAGCUGGGCCGCGGGCCUCUUGCCGAGAUGCUGGGCCGAGCAGUCUGGUCCUCUGUGAGGCAGGGGCUUGGUAGGGGCUUGUCCAGGAAUGUGGGGGGCUGGGCCUCAGGGGAGGGGAGGAAGGUGGACAUUGCAGGCAUCUACCCCCCUGUGACCACCCCCUUCACGGCCACGGCAGAGGUGGACUAUGGGAAACUGGACGAGAAUCUGCACAAAUUGGGUACUCUCCCCUUCCGAGGCUUCGUGAUCCAGGGCUCCAAUGGCGAGUUCCCCUUCCUGACCAGCAGCGAGCGGCUGGAGGUGGUGAGCCGAGUCCGCCAGGCCAUGCCCAAGGACAAACUCCUGCUAGCCGGCUCUGGCUGCGAGUCCACCCAGGCCACUGUGGAGAUGACUGUGAGCAUGGCCCAAGUUGGGGCUGACGCCGCCAUAGUGGUGACACCUUGCUACUAUCGUGGCCGCAUGAGCAGUGCUGCCCUCAUUCACCACUACACCAAGGUCGCUGACCUCUCCCCAAUUCCUGUGGUGCUCUACAGUGUCCCAGCCAACACAGGGCUGGACCUGCCCAUAGAUGCAGUGGUCACGCUCUCCCAGCACCCAAACAUCGUGGGCAUCAAGGACAGUGGUGGUGAUGUGACCAGGCUGGGGCUGAUUGUUCACAAGACCAGGAAGCAAGAUUUCCAGGUGUUGGCUGGAUCAGCUGGCUUCUUGCUGGCCAGCUAUGCCGUGGGAGCUGUGGGGGGCGUAUGUGCCCUGGCCAAUGUCCUGGGGGCUCAGGUGUGCCAGCUGGAGCGACUCUGCCUCACGGGGCAAUGGGAAGAUGCCCAGAAACUGCAGCACCGCCUCAUUGAGCCAAACACUGCGGGUAACACAAAGCACUAGCCCUAAUUGGGGCUAGGAUCAUCUGCCCCAAAUACAGGCAGAAUGAAGAGAUCCUGUGUCCCUUGGCAGGAGAUCAAGUAGAAGCAGGUCUGCACUGGUCAACCUGAGGCGUUAGGGACAGAGAAUACGAACCAGCGAGAGAAGCAGAGACAGAACUGGUGACCCUGCUGUGGGCCACCAAGGUGGGGCCAGAGUCCUCACGACUGUCUGAUUGAAUCCCUGCCUCGCAGGUGAUGGGGCACAUCUCAAGGCUUCUGCUCUGUGGGGAUUCUCAUCUCCACUCACAUCUGGUUCAUUUAUACACCUCGAGUGAGUGACGGGGCCAUGGCUUUGCCCAGUGCUUGUCAGCUGGUGCACAACGCCCAUCAGGCAGUGAGAUUUCUGGCUGACUUGGAGGCACUCUGGGCUCGCUGGACGACCGCCGAGCACUUCUCACGCCGCAGCAGCUUGUUGUUCUCAAACAGACCUUCAUUGCGGGGUAUUCCAUGAGAACCAUCAGGGAAAGUCAGCAGGCCUUUGAGGGGGACAGAGAAAACAUGGUAUUGACAAGGGCAUCAGUGACUCAGAAAGCAGCUUGGUACUGUGGAUCGGUGGAGGAGGAAAACUUGCAGCUCUACUCCAGAGUACUGAAUUGGCAAGUUCGAUGGAUGGGUGGCCGUUAGGGCACAAUCGCAAAGGACUGGUAGACACCCCUGAAAGCAUUAACGCUAACAAGGUGUACUUCCACCCAUCUUAUGCUUCCCCCAGUCACCUGUCCGGCUGGUGACUUACCAAAACCGUCUACUCUGCCAUUUUUAAAUUCCCCUUCAAAUGUCAUGUUGUCAUGUCGAAUGAAGACUCCGACGCCGUUAAACUUGCCCUGGGCAAACUCCCCCUCGUACCUGCAGAAACAUAGCAGGGUGGUGAAGCAGCUACCAAUGAGUUUUACAUAUUAAUGCCAAGGAGUGGAGUGGAUUCUGCUUAUUUCAGAGUUCUGGCCCGCUCCCACCCACCCCACUCC